AUGGAACUGAUUAACUAUUCUCUUCACAUCUACCUCGCUGUUGCUGUUGCUUUAGUUGUACUUUGGCAUGUUCGGAGAAAGAAUAAGGGUCCAAAGGUUAAGCCUACGGCGCCUAAGACACCCAAGCAGGCACCAAAGUCUUACCUGGUGAAACCAGUGUCGCCAGAUUUCGAUUGGCAAAAGGAGGAGCCUUUGAAGUCUUAUCCUUAUAAGGAUAAAGAGUACCGUUUGACCAUGGGUAUUUCGAAGUUGGAUGUACAAGAAUGGCUCUUGAUUGAGGACUCGUACAUUGAGGAACUCGAAGAGAAGAGGAAGAUCAUCACCAACUCUAAUCCAAAAUAUCCCGAGGGUAAGGAUUUGAGAGGAAGUACUUUCUUCGAGUCUCCCGAGGCUGACCACGCCAUUCGGGAAUUCUAUGAUGUUGCCAUGAACUACAUGUGCACCAAGUACCCCAUGUAUUUUCAGAAAGGCGAGAAGGAUAUUCUUAACACGAUCACUGGUGAUCGUAUUCCGCUUAGCUCUGCAACUCAUUCCAGAACAGCUCUUUUGGAGGCUUUGACAAGGGUUAUUCAGGAAGAUUUUAUUAUCCUUUUGAAAGACCCAAGUCGUGGAGACGAAAAGUAUGGCGAUGAGUACUUCUUCAAGGGCGGUGUCUUUGCUUUUGCAGCUGGUUUCGAUCCAAAAGACAAGUUUGACAAACCCCUCACAAGCAUCCACGGACCUAUUCCAGGAUAUGAGGAGAAAUUAAAAAAGUCAAUGAACCGAUUCUUUGAUCGCAUCAACCCUUACGAGCUCGUCACUAGGUCCAACUUCUCCGUUCAGACCCACGAUAAAUAUUAUGUUGAUAAUGACAACAAGGGAUAUCACAAUGAUUACUCUCAGGAGGGUCCUACAUUUGAUGAAAAGGAUAUCCAUUAUCGCAGUGAGCGCCAGGCUCUUACCAAAUUACCUGAAUCUGGUGCAAUUGUUUUCACCAUCAGAACUUAUAUCCACCCAUUCACUAAAUUCGCCGAAAAGUAUCCUGAAGACGGGAGACGGCUCGCUGGUGCCCUCCGUGGAUUGCCAACCGAUAUGGCCAAUUACAAAGGCGCAGAAAAGUGGGGAGACUCAGCCAAAAAGUAUCUUGAUCGCUUAUAG